UACAAACCUCCAGCUAUAACACAAAUAAGUGCUAGCGAUGUAAUGUACAACAUGAUUAAUAUAAUUAACACUUCUGUAUGUUAUAUAUGAAAAUGGUUAAGAGAGUAAAUUCUAAGAGUUCUCAUCAGAAGAAAAAAAGUUUUUUUCUAUUUCUUUAAUUUUGUACCUAUAUGAGAGGAUGGAAGUUCACUAAACAUACUGUGAAAAUUGCUUCACAGUGUAUGUAAAUCAAAUCAUUAUGCUGUAAACCUUAAACUUAUACAGGGCUGUAUGUCAAUUACAUCUCGAUUUUUAAAAUUCAUGUAUAAGUUUUUGUGGUAACAUAUACUUUCAUUUCUCUUGGGUAUAUAGCCAGGAGUGGAAUUGCUUGUUCAAAUGGUAACUGGAUGUUGAACCAUCUGAGGAACUGUCAGACCGUUUUCUAUCAAUAAUAUGGCUCCCCGUUUUAUUUUGCCCAAAUAUGGGAAUCUAGCUAUCUUUCAAGUGCAGGUACCCACCCUUACUUUGGGUAAAUUUUUGUAUUAAUAUUUUUCUAAGUCUUAUUUAGUUAUCGAAUUAUAUUCAUGUAUAAGUCUUUUUUGUUAUUGAUGUUUUUUAUUGUUUCUUUUUUUCAAAUUAUAUUUUGGCUGCGUUGGGUCUUCGCUGCUAUGCGUGGGCUUUCUCUAGUUGCGGCGAGAGGGGGCUACUCUUCGUUGCAGUGCGUGGGCUUCUCACUGCGGUGGCUUCUCCUGUUGCAGAGCACGGGCUCUAGGUGCGCAGGCUUCAGUAGUUGUGGUGCACGGGCUCAGUAGUUGUGGCUUGUGGGCUUAGUUGCUCCGCGGCAUGUGGGAUCUUCCUGCACCAGGGCUUGAACCCGUGUCUCCUGCAUUGGCAGGCGGAUUCUUAACCACUGUGCCACCAGGGAAGUCCCUGUUAUUGAUUUUUGAGUUAAGCAUUACUUGAGCAGUGAUCCCCAAAGUGGAAGUUAUGUACCUCUAGGGUACAAGAUGAUUCAUUGGAAAACAAGAACAAAAUGCUAUGUUCUUGCAUCUUUUCAAUGAUGCUUUAUAAUUAUACAAUGCAUUAGAAUAUCUGUGUAUAUGUAAGGUUUAUAAGUAAAUAGUCCUAUAUUGGAGAUGUAAAUGCAACGAUUUUUUUUUUUACAAGUAGGAAGUCAUAUGAAAUUCUGGGGACAACUGUUCUAAAGGCAUGGGAUCAAAUAUAUGUAGCUGUGUGGUUAUUAAUCCCAUGCUUUGUGACAAUUCUGAUGGGGAAAUUCUUAAAAUUACUUUGCUAAAGAAAUUGAAAAUAUCCUGCUAAUUUCAGCCCAAAUGGAACAUGUAAAUACCAGUGGAAGGAACUUUGGAUCAGGUGUUGGACUUUUAUUUUUAUUCUACUUCUGCUGAUUACUAAUGGUGAGACUUUGGGCAAGUCCCCUAAAGGUCUGCAUUUCAGUUCCCAAAUUGGCCUAAUAACACCCGAAAUAUCAUAAAUCUUCAUUGUGCAGAACGAGAGUGGUAAGUGUGACAUAUGCAGUGAACACAGAAAGUUAGUCAUUUGUGCAUCUUGUGCAACCCUGCAGUUUUCUUAGGCAAAUACCUGGGUUUCCUUGACCUUUUUCCUGUCUGGGUCUUCCCCUUCCCACCCCACCCUGCUUUCUGUCCUUCCUCUGUGUUCUUCUGACAACAGACCUUCAAAAUGAAGGGUCAUUGCCAAAGGUUGAGUUGGACGGAGAGGAGUCGUGGGAUGCCACCAGCCACCAUUGUGGUACGGCACUGUUACCUUCCUGGUGCUUUUCGUAUGAGAACACAGCAUUCAGCACAUGUGCAGUGAAGGUGCAGCUGUCUCAAAACUGCCGUUUACUCUGAUUCCUGGCCACUGUUAUAGAAGCUAUGGAGUUGCAUUAUUGGGCAUCUUAAAGGUUUCUGUGUGAUCUGUGAUCGCUUGAGUCUGUAGACAUCCUUGGGGGGACAUUAGCCUUUGCUUAAAGUCAAAGCAUGAAGGGAAGUAGAUACAGAAAGAUGGGAAGAGGUUCUGGGGUCUGUGUUAACCAAAGAGCUCACAUGCUGUGGUUAAAGAUCAUUUCAUUCUCUGCUUGCUUUUGUCUCUUACCUGGCAUGCUCAGUAAGACACCAUAAAACUGAGAGAAAUGAAUUUGACCUUUUACCCUCAACUCUUGUUUGUGAUUUCUCUUCUCUAACACCCUUUAUUCUAAGGAAAUGGUUGGCAGAUAUUUUAGGUCGUGAUCUCCAGUUUCUUCUACAGGGUGACAUCUGUUCUUGGCUUCCUUUCUUGGGCAACGGAAAUAACUAAUAUAACCAUGCUUAGGUACUGUUGGUUAGUUUGUUCAUUCUUUUAUUCAUAUACUCAAUAUAUUUAGUGAGUACCUAUGAUAUGCCCCUGUUCUAGAUACUAGGGACAGAUCAGUGAAGAAAAUUAAAAGCUUUUGAAAUGCCCUCAAAGAUUUUACAUUCUAGUGGGUGUUAGUCACUGAGGUUAAAUGAAAUGAAGAUUAGUGCUGAGGAGUAAGGAGAGAAAGAUAGUUGCGAAGGGGGAGAGGAACUACGGGGGAGGGGCAGUUGCCAUUAUUUACAGGGUGACCAGGGAGGCCUCACAGAGAAGGUAACAUUUAAGAUGAGUCUUUGAUGCUCCCAGGAAUGUAUUCAGGUACUAGUGCUGAGGCAGAGAAAGUCCUAAAUCCUAAACCUGACAUGCUUGCUCCUAGCCCUGGAGUAUCUUUAAGAUUGUUAGGGGUAUUAGGAGCUAAAGCCGUCUCGCUACCAUCAAAAUGCUGGCUGCUUAUGGUCUGCAAGACUUUUGUCUUGCAGGUCUCUAUAGAGGUUCACGGUGAGUGAUCCGCCCCUCUUGCAAAGGUUACAUCUUUGCAGCGGACACUGUAUCUCAGCAGUGUCCCUAGUAAUGCAGUCAUUCUCAAUGGGACCAAUGACUCCAGUGCUCAGGCACCUUCCAGAAUGACUUGGGGUGUUGCGGGUCGAGUCCUGGAGUCUUUCCUUUGUCUAGGGCCUUUGCUGCUGCACAUGUGUUAACUAGUAAUCUGGCCCGUGUUUACCUUCAGUAGGAAAAUCUCAAUAGAAAUGACAGUAAGCUUUGCAACUGGCUUUCUCUUCCUUUAAAAUGUGUUUGGAAAUUGAUUUUAUCUUUGCAACUAAGCAUCUCUGAUUCAAGGGAGCUCAUUUGUGACAGUGGGAAGGACUUUGAGAAGAUGCCAGGCAUUCCUUAGACCCAUGUUACCUGCUGCCAGUCAGUGCCUGAAAUUUAUGAAUGUGUUUAGUCCCUGUCUCCCCUCCACCAGAAUGUAAGCUACUGGAGGGCAGGAAACUUACUUUAGUCACCACUGUUACCCCAGUGCUACCAGAACAAAAACACUGCCAGUCAUGUAGUAGACGCUCAAUAAAUAUUGGUUUAAUUGAAUAACAGUCUACAAGCAAUGUGGCAAUAAGCAACACAACCAGCAACCAUAUCUUGGUAUCUCCUGAAUUAUCUGUUGCCCCAAAGAUCAAGAAAUGGAGAUGAUCUGUCAUCACCAGGGUCUGGACUUUAUUUCCAAUCAUUGCUCUCUCCUCUGUGUCAGUCUGCAUGUCAGAGAAACUCAUGCUCCUUAAUGAGUGUCCAACCUGGCUUGUCAUCCUUUCUCUGCCACUACCCAGCUGUGACCUUAGAUAUGGCUUUGAAUUUCUGUGGGCCUAUUCCAGCUCUAAAAUGUUCUUAUUCUAUAACCUGGCAAAGCCAGCAGCUGCUGGCUAUUUGUGUGAAGCAAGAACACCUUUCUAGAAGGAAGUAGAACAAGCAUCUGCUUCUGAAAAUUACUUUUUAUAAGGAAGUCUGUUUUUGCCCAGUGCAGUUGAUUCCAUAUCUGGGAGGCUCAUAAAUAACGUCACUCUCUUUGAAUUAUUAACUUUAAACUGUUUAUAAAAACACAGGUAUCACUACUGCUUACCAUUUGUUUGAGGUUGUGUGUUUUUCAUAUGAUUUCAUAUCUGUAAUCAUCUCUCACACACAAAACCAGAUACGAUGUGCAGAAAAUUGAGAAUAAAACAUGACUGACAUAGCUUCAUCCUCUUGGAAAUAGUGAGAUUAUCAUGGGCUAUGGACUCAGAACUAAAAUUGGCACUAGUGAAAGAAAAGAUCUAGUAAAAGAAAGUCAAUCAAAAGCAACAUGAAUGAAGAUGUUCAUUGCUGUAUAUUUUAUAAUUGUGAAAAACUGAAAAGUUUCAUCAAUAGGAGUCUGGCUAAGAACUUAUGGUACAUUUGUACCAUAAAAAGUGGUAAAAUAGUUAAGGUAAAGAAUAUACACCCUCAAUGGGACUUUCCUGGUGGCGCAGUGGUUAAGAAUCCGCCUGCCAAUGCAGGGGACACGGGUUCGAGUCCUGAUCAGGGAAGAUCCCACAUGCCACGGAGCAACUAAGCCCAUGCGCCACAAUUACUGAGCCUGAGCUCUAGAGCCCGUGAGCCACAACUACUGAGCCCGUGUGCUGCAACUACUGAAGCCUGCGUGCCUAGAGCCCAUGCUCAGCAACAAGAGGAGCUACCUCCCGCGCACUGCAACAAAGAGUAGCCUCCGCUUGCUGCAAAUAGAGAAAGCCCUGACGCAGCAACGAAGACCCAACACAGCCAUAAAUAAAUAAGUAAGUAAAUAAAUAAAUAAAUAUUAAAAAAAAAAGAAUAUAUACCUCAAGACAUGUUGCUGAGAGAAAAAGAAGGUAUGUUUAGAGUAUGUUUACUAUGAUCUCAUGUGUAUAUAAAAAAGAAAAUAAGACAUAUCUUCUGAUCUGACAUAUGUAUGUUAAUUCACAGAAAAAGGUCUGGAUGGAAUAAAAUGGUUGACAGUGUUAUUUCUGGGAAAGAAGUAGGAUUGGUGGGGGCUUGGUGCAGUGGCACUGCUUCACUUUUUACUCCAGGCUUUUGUGUUUUUAGCAUUUUAUAAAACCAUAGUCAUGAGUGGGUUUUUUGGUAAUUAUAACACUUGAAAUUACUGGAGAGGAAAAGAUGUGUGACAAAGAGAAAUUGGGGCACAAAGUGAGAUUUGAGGUCAGGAGAAGGAAGAUGAAACACUUCAGGUAGUGAGUGCUGGCCGUUAUCACCAAAUCCUGUGAUAUUUUGUGACUGGUGAUUUGGAGCUUGUGCCGUGUUCUCAGGAUGAUAUAUAUAUAUAUAGAUGUCCUACAUCACUCCAGAAACUAUGAUCUACAAUGGAGGACCCACAAAUCAAGAAAACCCAGUUUCCACAUUACCUUCUUUUGGUCUAUUUGCAAGCACUGGGUGAGAAAAAUUUUGUAUCUUUAGGAAACAUUGAUUCAUUUCCAUCCCUGGAUGAGUAAGUCUGCUACCAUAAUAGAGCAGUUGUAUCGACCACAAAAGUCUUUCCUCUACCCGUGACUUUAUUUCCACUUUGUUGGAUUUAUUCACUCAGUCUGUAACUUUCACUGAGCCCCCAUCUGCCACUCUUGGACAAGGGCCCUGCUCUCCUGGAGCUUCUAGUCAGGGGGGUAGACAGAGAUGACCGUAUCAGGAAGUGAGCACUACUGUGAUGAAAAUUAAGCGAAGUGAUGUGAGAAGGCGUAACCAGGGAACUACGUUAAGAGAGGUAGUUAGGAAAGACUUCUUUGAGGAAGUCAUUCAUAAACCCAGGCACGCAUAACACAGGAAGGAGCCAGAUGUGUGAUCAUUUGAGGGAAGAGUGGUCCAAGCAGAGAGAUUACGACGGGGCACAGAGAGGGGGCGAGAGCGUGUGGGACCCAAGAGUUUGCUGCGUGGUUGGGACUUCCGGAGGUUGGACAGGCGAGAGAGGUCUGCAGGACAGGAUCAUGUCAUGCCUGGAGGACAAGAUAAGCUCCCCAGCCCUCUAGCUGACCAGGUGGUGAGUUCAAGGUCCUAAUCCAACAGCACAAGGGAAUUCACACCAGCCCUGAGCCUCGAAGAUGGUGUCACAGUCUGCGGGCCGGCAGGACUCUCCUGUGGACCCCUGGGAAGGAAUCAGCAAUGACCCUGGUGACAUUGAUGGCUCGCCCGGCCUCCUGGACACGGACCACCCCUCUUGCGCAUCAAACAUCAGGUUUACGAGGCACAGAGCUGCCUGGAUUAACCCCCAGUGUGUGCAGCAACAGGUGCAGGACUCGCCCCCCCAGGUGCCAGCAGUGGGGAGCAGAGAGAGCUGUGCUGCUCGGGACGCUGCAUCUCCCUUGGGCCCUUCACCGUUACCUCUUGGGGACUCCGUGGCGGAGACGUCAUUGUCGAAGGGCACUGUGGACUCCAUGGGCAGCUCCCCUGCCCGGGGCUCAGCUGAAAAAGGCAGUGACUCCUCUCUUACCUCAAAGGAAGAACGGGCAGUGCUCCCAGGACGCUGUCCUUGGACGGCUCUGUUCACAAGCUCCAAGAUUGAUUUGGCUGCUCGCCCGUGUCGUGAGGCUGACAAUGCUUUUUUCAAGCCUUCCCAGCUGACAGCUUCCACUGAUGCAGGUGCUAUUCAAGUCGGCGGAAGAACCGUUUCUUCAAAUUCCUUCUCACCAGAGGCAUUCGUGCUCCCUGUGGAUGUAGAAAAGGAAAAUGCUCACUUUUACAUUGCAGAUAUGAUUAUAUCAGUCAUGGAGAAUAUGAAGUGUAGUAUUCUGAGUCAACAGCGCACAGAGACCUGGAGUCCAGGAGAGGCCAGCGGGUCGCUCGGGAACGAGCAGGCAGACUCGGAAGUGACGUUUUAUAGCCACAUAAAGCAGGAAUCUGGCUCUUCCACUUCGUCCGACAGUGGCUCUGAAGGUUGUGCUGUGUUACAGGUCAGCCCAGUGGUGGAAACACCUACUCACUGUGAUGUGAUGAAAGAGGACUGCAAAUGUGACUUGGAUGAAUUCGUUAUCGUAGAACUUGGAGAUUUCAGCAAUGCCACAGAGACCUGUGGAUGUUCCUGCAGCUCCUCUAAGAGUGUCAUUUAUGAGCCAAACUUCAAUUCGGCUGAGCUAAUAGCCAAAGAGUUAUACCACGUAUUCAAGAAGUGCUGGAUGUCAGAAGUUAAUUAUCAGCUGGCAGGCUCCCUGAAUGCAGCUGGCUCCAUAGUUGUAAAUGAAGAAUGUGUCCAGAAAGACUUUGAAUCCAGCACGGAUGUAGUACAGGAAAUUAAAUUGAAGUCGAGGAUCAGAGAGACUGGAGACUGGGCGCCCCCUAGGUUUCAAAUCAUAUUUAAUGUUCACCCACCACUCAAGAGGGAUCUCAUGGUAGCAGCCCAAAAUUUUUUCUGUGCUGGCUGUGGAACUCCAAUAGAACCUAAGUUUGUGAAGCGGCUCCGGUACUGCGAAUACCUGGGCAAGUAUUUCUGUGACUGCUGCCACUCGUACGCGGAGUCGUGCAUCCCUGCCCGGAUCCUCAGGAUGUGGGACUUCCGGAGGUACUAUGUCAGCAAUUUCUCCAAACGGCUGCUGGACAGCAUAUGGCAGCAGCCCAUCUUCAAUUUGCUGCACGUCGGCCAUGGCCUGUAUACGAAGGCCAAGGAGCUGGACAGAGUGAGGGAAAUCCAGGAGCAGCUAUUUCAUAUCGGGAAGCUGUUGAAGACCUGCAGGUUUGCUGAAAGCACAUUAAAGGAGUUUGAACAGGUGCCAGGACACUUGACUGAUGAGCUUCACCUGUUCUCCCUGGAGGACCUGGUCCGGGUCAAGAAAGGGCUGCUGGCGCCCUUGCUCAAGGACAUUCUGAAAGUUUCCCUCACGCACGUGGCCAGCUGUGAGCUGUGUCAAGGAAAGGGCUUCAUCUGUGAAUUUUGCCGGAGUACAGCUGUCAUCUUCCCAUUUCAGACCGCAACGUGUAGAAGAUGUUCAGCAUGCAGGGCUUGCUUUCACAAGCAGUGCUUCCGGCCCUCCGAGUGCCCCCGGUGUGCGAGGAUCACAGCAAGGAGAAGACUUUUGGAAAGUUUGCCCUCUGUGGCGACGUCGUGCCCUUGACUAUCGUGAGAAAGACUGUGAAACACUUGUUAUGAUCACGUCUCCUAUUGAUAAGACUGUUUUAUUAUUGACUAUUGUCUAUAAAGAAAAAAGAUGGCCAAUAUUCUCUUUAUUAUAUAUAUUUAAUAUUUUACAAGAACGCAGAUUCUUUGUUUUUAAGCAUAGGGUUGUUACUGGUGAUUUUGUUUACAAAUGUUCAAUGUUUUUGCUGCUACUGGUUUUUUAAGGUUUUUUUUCUUUUGAUACUUCUUACAUUGCAUUUGAAUAGUUGUAUUUAGCUAAUGGUGGAGCCUAUUUUUUAUGAAUUGUAACUGACAAGACAAAUUACUCAGUUCCUCUUCCCGUAAAGCUUGUUUUGUGAAAGGGAUUGGUACUUUCAAGGAACAAAAAGGCAACCAAAAAUCUGUUUGCUCAGGCUUAUUUUUCCAACUUAAAUCCCAUUUUGUAAUUGUAUCAGUCUUACAGAUUUACUUAUUCCAGGGUUUGUACAGAGGGUACGUAUUACUUCUGCUGUUACAUCUGUGUCAAGAUGAGUUUGAGGUGCUUAGCGGGCAUGCAGGUGCCGUUUGAAGUAGUUGCCUCUAGAUGGCGCUCUUCCAGGUGGCACAACCUGUACUUGUCACCUCUGUUCCACGAAGUCAAGGGACGCAUGGGUGGGUAGAACUUUAUCCCUGGCCUUCAGGGUUUUGUCUCAUAGGUAUAAAAUUGACCAUAAGAUAUUUGAAGACUUAAAUACGCUGUGGGGAAAUGCUGUUAAUGAACAAUGUGAUUCUAGUAAUAACUUUAAAAUCAUAGACAUGCCAUUAACAAGGUUAAGUGAAUCACUAAGCCUUUAUGAAUUUCUUUUUCCUACUAUUUCUUACAUUUACAUGCUUUUCUUCCACCUCCUAUAUACUUUCUCCUGCCUGAGAAAGGGCCCUGGGGCUGGGUCCCUUCUCAGCACAUCUUUAGUCUGGAAUGUGGUGUCAUGUCCCCAGGAUUCUCACACCCUAAGUAAACCUACUCAGAAUGAACUUGUCAAACAGCACAGGCAAGCAAUAAAGUGGGACAGGUCGUUCCCUCACCCCAUCCAGUUGUGUGUGUGUGUGUGUAUGUGUGUGUGUUUCAUUCAGUGGGAUGAUAUUGAGUACUUGCAAGAAAUGAGUGUCUACUCUAAAUCUGGUGUCUUCUCAUCCUAUCAAUUGUUUUCCUGUCCCAGAUGCCUCUGCUGGAGCUGUACCCCCAUUCAUUAUUUAAGCUAGGUCUCUUUUAUUUUUUAUUUUUUUAAGUUUAAAAAAAAAUCUCAGUGUGUUUUAAUUAAUUAAUUAAUUAAUUAAUUAGGCUGUGCUGGGUCUUAGUUGCAGCACGCGGGAUCUUUGUUGCCACGUGUGGGAUCUUUAGUUGUGGCAUGCGGGCUCUUAGUUGUGGCAUGCGAACUCUUAGUUGUGGCAUGUACGCGGGAUCUAGUUCCCUGACCAGGGAUCAAAGCCGGCCCCCCCUGCAUUGGGAGCGGGGAGUCUUAACCACUGGGUACCGGGGAAGUCCACGCUAGGUCUCUUUUAAAUAGAAAUUCAAGCACAUAGGAUAAGAUAAAUGAGAUGAAAUUUAAGACACUUUCAUUUUUACCCAUAGCUUAUAUUCUGUCUUAGGAAUCUAGGAUCCGAGGGGCAUGUUGAUAUUCCUCAUAACAGUCCUACGAGGUUCAUGUCAAUAUCUCCAUUUUACAGGUAAGGGCACUGAGGCUUAGAGAAGAGAAGUAACUUACCUAGGUUCCCACAAGUUAUGCAUGCUGCCUGCCUCCAAAGACCAUGUUCCAACCCCCCACUUCUUCCGUGGUAUCUUUUUUAGAUUAUACAAAAAAAACACUUUAACUUCUAAGUGCUGGUCAAACCUCAGUUGGUGGCAUUGGCUGAGUACUUUCUCACAUUCUUCCCGUGCGUUGAUUUGAGGGAGUUGCUGUGGCUUAUGCAUGGCUUGAAGGGCUUUGUGUUCAGGCUGCCAGGUCUGUAAGGCACUGGUGAGUGGGUGUGUGUGUGUGUGUGUGUGCAUGUGCGUAUGGGUGUGAGACACAUUUUUGAUGUUGAGGAAGAGUGCACAGGAGCUACCAGGAAGUGAUGCUUUUGGGUUUUUAUUUUGAGGAAGAACGAGGCCAUUUAAAUAACCAGUCUACAGCUUUGACUGGGCUAUGGUUCCUCCCUGCCCUGGUAACAGAGGCUCCUUCCCAGUAAGGCACCUGUUGGAACAGAGAAGUGGCCUCAGCCCACCCCGGAGGGACGAAAUUA